UUUCGACUUGUGCAGAGUAAAAGGAAUAAAAUUCGUAUUUUAUUUAUCAAUAUGUUAAAAUGCGUAUUGUUUUUCUUAUUUACUAUAGAAUUAGCUUGUUCUGAUGUCCAGGAUAGUAAUGGGUACUUGGCAUACUGUCCUUGUAUGGGCAGGUUUGGUAACCAAGCAGAUCACUUCCUAGGCGCCCUAGCAUUCAGUAAAGCCCUUAACAGAACAUUGAUUUUACCUCCAUGGGUUGAAUACAGGUACGGAGAGCCGAGGUCUAGGCAAGUUCCUUUUGACACUUACUUUAAACCUGAAGCUUUAGCCCAGUAUCAUAAGGUGAUAAAAAUGGAACACUUCAUGUCUGAAAUUGCACCCACUCUCUGGCCAAGUGAAAAAAGGGUAGCUUUCUGUUACACUCAACGGCAAGGAGAACAAGAUAAUAGUUGCAAUGCAAAAUCUGGUAACCCGUUUGGUCCAUUCUGGGAUACAUUUAAUAUAGACUUUGCAGCAUCAGAAUUCUAUGGGCCCUUGAAUUAUGAUUCAACCAAUGCUGCUAUGAUUGAAAAAUGGCAGCAGAAAUACCCAGCUGCAAAAUGGCCAGUGUUAGCCUUCACAGGUGCUCCUGCCAGUUUUCCUGUGCAAAAUGAAAAUAGACCUUUGCAUAAGUACAUGCAAUGGAGUGAUGACAUUGCAACAAGAUCAAGGCAGUUCAUAAAGAAAAACAUGAGUGGGGGUGGUUUUCUUGGCAUCCACCUCCGGAACGGCCAGGACUGGGCAAGGGCUUGUCAACAUGUGAAGGACAGCCCUCUAUUAUUUGCUGCUCCUCAGUGUGUGGGCUAUAAAAAUGAAAGAGGGCCUCUGACAGAAUCCAUGUGCCUGCCAUCAAAGUCGGACAUCAUUAAACAAAUAAAGAGAGUACUAAAGAGAUUGAAUGACAUAAAGUAUGUCUUUGUGGCUUCAGAUUCCAAUCCCAUGGUUGAUGAUUUAACAAAUGCCUUGCACAGAUUAGAUGUAUCUAUUGUAAACUUAAAGCCUCCAAAUCCUCACAUGGAUUUGGCAAUUCUUGGGAAAGCUAAUUAUUUCAUUGGGAACUGUGUCUCAUCCUUUACUGCAUUUGCUAAAAGAGAAAGAGAUGUUAUAGGAUUGGGCUCCGAAUUUUGGUCAUUCCCCCACCGCAAGAAACAAAAACAUGAAGAAUUAUAAAAUAGGAGCUUGGCAUAUCU